CUCCCAUCCACCUCCCUCCCGGAAGGUACAUCCCAUGGCCAACACAACCGUUUCCAUCGCAGCCGGUCCCCUGUGGAUUAUGCCACAUAAUCACAACAUUGAUAUCAAAUUCAAAUACAUUUAAGCCCCCCUUCCCCCAUCUAUAACCCAGCUCUUGGAGACAGGUUUUGUGGCCAUGGCGAAAGACCCGUUGGCUGAAGCUGGUCUUCAUUUUGAUGAGCUCAACAAGCUGCGGAUUCUGGAACCAGAAGUGGACCAGAAGACCACCGAGCUCAAGGAGGAGUGUGAAGACUUUGUUGACAAAAUCAGCCAGUUUCAGAAGAUAGUGGGUGGUCUCAUUGAGCUGGUGGAUGAAUUGGCAAAAGAGGCAGAGACAGAAAAGAUGAAGGCUAUUGGAGCCAGGAACCUGUUGAAGUCUGUGGCCAAGCAGAGGGAGGCCCAGCAACAGCAGCUCCAGGCCCUGAUAGCAGAGAAGAAGAUGCAGCUGGAGAGGUAUCGCAUUGAGUACGAAGCUCUCUCCAAAGUGGAGGCGGAGCAGAAUGAGUUUAUUGAACAGUUCAUUCUGCAGAAAUAAGGCCCGAAGUCUGUGUGUGUGUUAGUGACCACGUUUCCAGGGUGCCUGUAUUGUUUUCUAUGGGUGAUAUCCACUACACUAUGGGUUCAUGGGAAUCGCUCAUCUGAACACAACAACCUCUCUUACACUUCACAAGCAAUCCAAAACUGCUCCAGCUAAAACACAAGUUUGGCCCAGACACUAACAGACAGACUACAUGCAAAGUUAGAAGAAACUGUAUAACACCAUCAAAGUGACAAUCAUCCUCCCCAAGUUAUCUAUUUUUAGCAUUUAAGUGUUGAAAUGCUUGAAUAUAGUUCAAACCUGAGGCUCUAUAGGUGUCAUGCCUUUCACAACACUACAGUAUGUCAGUCAACCAAAUGGGGGAAGAAAGCUAUUUAUAUAUGAAGGAAUUUAUUUAUACUAUUUAAUACUGAAUAAUUACUCUGUAUAGAUAGUUUUAUUACCUUUUCUACAAGUGGGAAAACAAAGUACAGUAUGUGCAUGUUACUGUAAAUAAUUUCAUGAUUUUGAAAAAAAUAUAAUUGUAUUUUUGCUGUGUGUUUGCGCCGCCCCCCAUUUGUAUGUUAAUUCUGUUUACAUCUAAGGUAUGAAUAUGUUCACGGUUUUAUAAUUUCACCUUUGUCUGUGGUACUACACCAAAACAUCCUCAGGUGGCUUAUUGGAAUUUCAGGCCAGUGUAUAAAAAAUAAAUGUAAAGUACAUUUCAAAGGUAUAUUAUUAAUUUUAUGUUUACAGUAUAUAUCAAGACAUUAGAAAAUAUCAUCCUCUGCAUUCAUCUUAUCCAUGUUUAAAAGUUAGUGGACCAACCUUCAUCAAAAGAUGAGAUAUACUUGAAUAAAAAGGAUUUGCACAUUU